AGGGCCAGGGAGGACGAGGAGCACCGGGAAAAGCGUGGGAUUUACAGUGCAAAGCCCCGCUUUUACGGCCUCUUUUCAGCAGUGUGGUUUUGAUGAAGUCAUUGAGCCUCAGUUUCCAUUUCUGCAAAGUGAGGCUAAGGUUCCUCUUUUUGGGGGUCCGAUGUGAGGGUCCAAAGGGGCUGGAGGUGAAAGUACCCCUUGUGCGUUGUAAAGCGUGCUGUUGUCAUUUUCAGUCUCCCAAGCGUAGCACCCACCUGUCGUCUUCCUCAACCUUUUCCUCCCCAGAGUGGUCUUUAGUAUCCCGUGACCCUGAUCAUCAUAUUGUGCCCUUUGCUCUGAAACCUCUCCCAUCCCACAGCCUGCCUUUGCCCAGGUCUUUUCAGUAACUACCUUUCCUCCUGUCCCCGGGGCACUAAGGCAGAGGCUUUCUUGUUAAGACAGACCUGUCAGGUUCUCCUGGUAAACUGCAGGCUUUCAGUUUUCAGUACCUCGCUUGUGGCCAGAGCAUCUGACCAGAAGAUGAUGGAACCAGAUGGGAUGAAUUGAUGCCAGUAUGGCUGUAAGAACUGUGGCCGGGCCUUCUGUUCUGGCUGCCUUAGCUUCAGUGCAAUGGUUCCCCGAACUGGCAACACCCAACAGAAAGUCUGCAAGCAAUGCCACGAGGUCCUGACCAGAGGGUCUUCUCCUGCCAGUGCCUCCAAGUGGUCACCACCUCAGAACUAUAAGAAGCGUAUAGCAGCCUUGGAAGCCAAGCAGAAGCCCAGCGCUCCCCAGAGCCAAGGACUGACCCAGCAAGACCAAGUCAUCACUGAGCGCCUAGCACGGCUCCGCCAGGAGAACACGUCCAAGUCAGUGCCCUCACAGGCAGAGAUAGAGGCACGCCUGGCUGCACUGAAGGAUGAACCCUGGGGUCCCAUCCCUUCCACCCAGGAGAUGGAGAGUCGGCUUGCAGCAUUGCAGGGCAGAGCUCCACCUUCUCAGACCCCUUGGCCGGAACAUCAGACACCAGACACCAGGACCCAGGCUCAGCAGUCACAGGAUCUGCUAACACAGCUGGCAGCUGAGGUGGCUAUUGAUGAAAGCUGGGAACGAGGAGACACAGCUGUGGCCUCUCUCAAGCAUGACCUCAACCAGGGUGGUACAGGGACCCAGCACACUAAGUCCGGGGGCCAGGCCAGCUGGUCCCUGGAAGAGGAGAAGAGCAGGCUUCUGGCUGAGGCAGCAGUUGAGCUACGGGAGGAGAACACCAGGCAGGAGUGGAUCCUGGCCCUUGCCAAGCGACUGGCUGUGUUGAGGGGACAGGACCCCGACAGAGUGACCCUGCAGGACGACCGCCUCCCAGAUAGUGGUGAGGACGAGGAGGAUGAGGAGACAGCCAUCCAGAGAGUCGUGCAGCAGAUAGAGUCCUCUGUCCCUGUGACCAGGUCCUCCCUAGUUCUUGAGAUGCGAAUCAGAAGUCUCAGGCAAGAGCUCACUGAAGAAACUGCCUUGGAUGAGGCAAGUGGCUUUAACAUCCCUGUGGAGCUGACUCCCCAACCCCGAGCCCAACCCUGGAAGGCAAAGCCUGAGUCCAGCCUGAAGGUCCAGCCUGUGGCUCCUAGGCCUGAGGCUGAGGAAGAAGAGCUCCCCUGGUGCUGCAUCUGCAAUGAGGAUGCCACCCUACGCUGCACUGGCUGUGACGGAGACCUCUACUGUGCCCGAUGCUUCCGGGAGGGCCAUGAGGCCUUUGAACUUAAAGAGCACCAGACAUCUGCCUAUCAUCCCCCACUUGCUAGCCGAGAACACUGAGAAAAUCCUGGUCCUUCUGGCAAGACAGCCCUGUAGGCUGGCACCCACAGCCCUAGGCCAUCCAGUGGGACAGCAGCUCAGGCUCUACUGAUGAUGGAGGUGCCCCUGCCACGCCUUGGUGUCCCUGGAAGGAGGAAGAGUUUCAUUUGGUGACUGGAGGAGAGGGACAAACAGGGGCCCAUCUCCAGGAAACCUGGACUGAAAGUGAGAGGCCUGAUGGAAAAGACCACACCAGAUCCAAAGAUGAGCCCUGUAGCCAGGCUUGAGGGCCCAGGCCCCUCCCUGGUGUGCAGUGGGUUUAAUAAAGCAUGCUGAUUCUUUGG